AUGGAGAACUUGCGCGCCAUCUUCAAGCGCGACGACGGAAAGAAGAACAACAGCAAUGACUUGAAUCCUACACUCGUCAACCUUCUGAUCGCUCUCCUCGCUAUCAUCCUUUUCACCAUGACACUUGUCGGCAUUCUGAUGCUCCUUAACCGAAGGCGUCGCAUGCAGAAGCGCCGCCAGUCUGAACUUCCACUAUAUGAUAAAACCGCCCAUAACCGCCGUCUUACCAUUACCGCCACUUCCUAUGGCCAGUGUGUUGUCGACGAGAAAGAUGCUUCGUCCGGUCGACCAUCGAGCCCAGUCCCCGAAAUCCGCAUUACCUUCCCUGAAGAGGAAGAUGCUGCUGGCAAGCGCACUUCCGGGCGCGUCGUUGUUGUCAGAAUAGGAGAGAAGGGUGGCAUCGGCCUUGAACCGUGUAAUGAGGACUUGCCACCAUACCAAUCCGAUUCCACCGAGCGAUUCCAAUCCCUAGAUCUCGAUCGGAUGGGCGGUCUCAAAGAAAAGGGAGAUCUUAAACAGUAUUCUUAA